CGUUUACCUAACUUGGUACCGACGCUACGUACACCAAAAUGUACGCCAAACGCACCAAUUCAGAUUUAGUACCUGAAGCCUGAAGCUACCCCUAUCUUGAAUCUACACCCUUCCUCAUAUGCACCAUUGACCGCCCUUCUCCUCUACCUUAGAAUCAACCAUCACUAUGGCUUCCCCUGCGUUCCCUCCCGGCGGUACUCUCCUCGAGACCUUUAAGAAGUCCUUCGUCGAUGUACCUAUUGACGCAAACAAAGACAAUGCUAUCUCUACUACCGAGUUCCUCGAAGCUGCCGAGUCCCUGACCACCAUGUUCGACGUACUUGGAUCCGUCGCUUUCUCGCCCGUCAAGUCUGAUAUGUUGGGCAACGUCAAGAAAAUCCGCGAUCGUCAACUUGCUGCUCCUGCCGAGUCCGAAACCCUACAAGCUCUAUGCCUCAACGAGCUAAAGACGAAGAAGCACACCGCCACCGAGGGUCUCGUUUGGUUAACACGAGGACUGGAAUUCACCUGCAUUGCACUGAGCCAGAACUUGGCCCAGGAAUCCGAAGAGCUCUCCGCCUCUUUCCGAAAUGCCUAUGGCUCAACCCUUAAGCCCCACCACGGCAUGCUCAUUAAGCCCGUUUUCUCUGCUGCUAUGAGUGCCUGCCCCUACCGCAAAGACUUCUACCCCAAGCUGGGAGAUGACCAGGCCAAGGUUGCCACCGAGUUGAGAACCUACUUGGCUUCCCUCGAGAAGAUCGUCGCCAUACUGAAGGGCUUCUUGGACCGCAAAGAGGCUAAGUGGUAAUUCGAGAAGGAUACUUAACGUAUUCUUUCAAGACCCGAACGCUAUAUAUCUCGAUAAAGCUAAGGAGGAUGUAAUCUUUUUGUAGAUUAUACCUUCUUGUUAGCAGUUCGGCCGGUUUUGCAAGAUGUGGGUUGGCCCCGGACAUAAUCAAGAGAGCAAAUGUCGUCUAUUCGGCGCAGCUAAUAAAUUUAAAGUCCCAUGAUGCUUCCACAAACCACCCCUCUGCUUCUAUUCUGUAUUCUUCUAUAAUAGGUCUACCACCUUAGAUGACCGUCCUCGGCAUGUUUGGACAAGAUAGGAGUAGAUACUUUGAAGAGAUAGUCGAGGGGAUAGUCAACUGGAGAGUUAGCUUUAAAGUAGAUAA